AUGGCAUGUGAGUGGCUCGUCCCUGCCUCCCUAGAGGUGGCGCCGCCGCGCGGGCCGGGGCAGCGGCUGGCGGUGUCUCUGGGCGCAGGGCUCGGCGCAGGAGGCCUCGGUGCCGCGCUGCUGGCGACCCUCGCAGCAUGCGUGAUGCUGCCGCGCCGCCGGCGCCGCGCCGCGGCCGCGGCAGCGGCAGCCGCCACCGCACGCGCGGCGGGCGCGGACGUGGCGCCGUCGGGGCCCUCCCUGGAGGGACUGCUCGCCCCUGCCUGGAAGCUGCCAGAAGACAGCGACGCCUGCGGCGGCGGACGCAUCGACUGCGGCGGCCCUGGGGCGGGGUGGCGGCUUCUGGCGCGCCACUCACCACCUGGCAUCAAGGACUCCCACCAAGGAGUCUCGACAGGCCACGUGCAGCUGGGCGUGCUGCUGGGCGCGGGGUCGUUUGGGCGCGUGUACAAGGGCCGCUGGCAGGGGUGUGACGUCGCAGUCAAGGUGAUGCUUCACAGCGACGUGCAGCAGUCCGUGAGGAUCCAGUCCGAGAUUGAGCUCAUGCUCAGCUUCAGGCACGACAACGUGGUGGAGCUGGCAGCCGGCCAGGGGGGCCCUUCUCAACCGCAGCAGGCUGUGCCGCCUGCCGGCGCGGCGGCAGCGGCUCCCGAGAGCGGCGGCGGCUCCGAGGCCGGCCGCAGCGGCGGCACCCCGCGGCGCAGCUGCCCCGUUGCCGGGGCGCUGGCGACAAAGGACGCGAGGGUUCCCUACGGCGCCGGCCUCGCUGCCGCGAGCGGCGCGUCUGGGGAAGGCGGCGUUGGCGCCGCCGCGGCUGUCGACGCGGCGACGCGCGCGGAGCGGCGCUCGGACGGCGGGUGGCUGCCGUGCAAUGGGGAGGCGCAGACCUGGCUGGUAGUGGAGUACUGCUCAGAUGGCAACCUGGCGGAGCUUGUGCGCGGCGGCGUGCUGCACGCAGGCGGCGCCGCCCGCGCCGGCGGCGCGUGCAGCAGCAGCCCGGGCGCGUCGGCUAGCGGCGGCGGCGCGACGGGCAGCAGCUGGGCGAUGGGCAGCAGCCGCCAGGCGGUCGGGGGCGGCGGCGGCGGCGCGGGUGCUGCGGCGCUGUCUGUUGACCUGCCGCGCGCUCUGGCGCUGCUGCUGGAUGUGGCGCGCGGCAUGGCCUACCUCCACGCCAGGAACAUCAUCCACGGGGACCUCAAGAGUCAAAACGUGAUGCUGUCUAGGGCUGCGGGCAGGAGCGCUGGGGUUGCCGCGAAGAUCACCGACUUUGGCCUGUCCAAGGCGACCGGCCGCAUGAGCCCUGCCGCUGACGUGUACGCGUUUGGUGUCCUGGCCUGGGAGGUCCUGACGGGCCGCGGUGCGUUCCACGGCCUGCACUAUGCGGAGGUGAUCGAGCAGGUGGCCCUGCGGGGGGCGCGGCUCCCCAUCCCCCCCGGCCUACCCCCAGAGCUGUCCGCCCUCAUGCAGAGCUGCUGGCAGGCGGACCCCGCGAAGAGGCCGGGCUUCGACGCACUGGUGUCCUGCUUCGAGCUCCUUAUACGGGGCUGCGAUGAUGAGGAGGAAACAGCAUCCGCUCUGCACAAGGGCGCAGAUCCACUUUGGCUUGGAGCGGACACACAAGGCUGUGGCGAGCUUGGCGUGGCAUCGGACGCCAAGCAGCGGCCGCGAAAUCCCGAUACGGCGGCCGGAACGGGCUCGGCCGCUGAGCUGCAGCCGGAGUUGCCUCUGCAGGAGCCAGGGGCGGUGGUGUCGGCGGGCGCGGCCGUGGUGAAGCACGCGGGGGCGCUGGCGUGCAGCAGAUUUUUGGGCGGAUGGGAAUGA